CCCUGUCUUGCGACGGGAAAGGCGUCGCUGAUGCAUCCCUAUGGCCACACGCCAGUAUGAAAGCCUUCACAGCGCGCCGGAGUCCGCCGCCGCCGCACCAGCCGACAGACGGGCCGUCUGCACCGUCUGUGGUGGCGCGGAGGAGGACCUACGAGAGCAUCAGAAGCACGCCCCGCACUCCAGAGGAACACCACCAUCACGUCAAGGUGAAUCCGGCAGAGUCUGCGCACUCGUCUGUCUUGUGCGUGAUGACUUGGCGUUGGUGCCUCUGGCAUGGCAGGCUGAGCAGCGUGCCGUGUUGGUGGCGGAGAGGCACGCAGAAUGGCGGAAGCACAUCUGGACGGUACGCAGGCAGACCACGCGCAUAACACUGACUAAAUGGACAGAUGGGCACACGUCGGCAGACAGACAGACUUACCUAUGCCUGGUCGUGUGAUGCCUGUUGGCAGGACAAGGGCGACGCCCUGAUGUAUGUGUUUCUGCGGGGUUUGAGGCGGCGGGUCAAGGAGAGCCUAUACGUCAAAUGGGUGGUACGUUUGUUUGACAUCCAUGCAGUGCAAUGCAGCACAGCACACGAAUGUAAUGCCCCAUCAUGUCUGCACGUUUGUUUGUUAUCAGGAGUAUUGGUUGUCGAUGGCCAAGACGCCGGGGGUGUCUGUGCGUGAGCUGAGGGACCUGCUGCUGGACAAAAUGAGGGCUGACGUGGAAGCCAUACGCAGACGGGGGUGGGUACUCGUGCACUCACACACACUCCCGCGUAUCGUACAGUGUCCACGGAGCCCUGCCGUGUGUGUGAUGUGUGCGCAGAUCGUCCUACUGCGACAGCGAUGACGGUUCAUCAGAGGGCGGAGGGGACGCCGAUAUGGACUGUGUCAUCGAUAGACUUAGGUGCGGAUGGACAGCACACGGCGGGGUAGAUGGACAGAUCAUAUGCCCCUCCCUUUACUUGUAUGUCGAUGUGAUUGAUGCAGUGACUGUGGGAGCGUUGACGAGAGUGUCAAACGGGAAGCCUUCCAGAUCAUCCACCAGGUCGACAAAAAAGACAGACACUCAUACACCCACACACACACACAUCGAUGCAUCUCUCUCUCCAGCUCUUCCAAUCGCUGUGCCCCGAGCCAUCACCAAGACGGCACCACUCCAUAGACCAGCUGCCAACCACCAGACGGGCCAACACAACACCAGCACCACCAUCGGAUACCGCCACACACCGAUCGCAGACACAGAAGCGGGCAAUGGGUCGCAGAUCGUCCCACCCGUUGUGGCGGCUGGUGACCCACCGCGGCGGCCCCCCAGGCGUCCACACGACGACUCGUGAGGAGCACUGGUCGUCUGUGCAUGCGUCCGUGUACAGCAAGGGCGGGGGGCCGAUGUGGGUGUGCCCGAGUAGCCCGUCCAGCAGCAGCUCGUGCUCCUCUGACGGCAUACUGCCGCCAUUCCGCAGCUACCUCGACUGGUGUAUGCUCGACUACGGUGAGUGAUGGAGGAAAGACAGAGAGAUGCACCAUGUGCGCGAGUUGGCAUCGGAUGGAUGGAUGCAGGGACAUGUUGGUUGGCUCUGUGGGGCUACCUGCUGGGCGAGAAGUACAUGGAGGCGCAGCGGCACAUGAGGGCGGUGGAAGCAGAGGUGGUGGUGCAUGUAGUGGUCGGGUGAGCCUCUUAGAUGAGAGAUAGAUGGACGAUGGAUGACCCCCACCCACCCGUCCACCUACCCACCACACACAAAUGCAUGCUGGCUGUAUGAUGUAUGGUAUGUACAGUAGAGCACACACACAUUGCGCACACACAGGGUGAGGUGACGGUUGGUUUUAAUUCAGCUCAUCGAUCGCUUCUUGAUGGCUUGGAUGGAUGGAUGGAUCGACUGACUGACUGAUUGACUGCUUGUUGCCCGUUUGUCCGUUUGUGUGUCUGUCUGUUUGUGUGUUUUUUGAUGCGUCACACCGUGACAUGUCAUGCCACUGCCAUACCUACACACGUACAGUACGGUCCGGGUGCAGAAUUCAGUUGCCGGUGAGGCACGAGCCAGCCAUGUCAGCCAUGUUUUGACUAUCGCUUGCUGCCGUUUUGCGUCCACUCACUUGCUGGUACGGGGUAUGUAUGUAUGCAGUCUCUCUCUCGCGAUCGAUCGAUCUCACUCUCACUCGUCUCUGUACAUAUAUACACAUACGCAUACUCAUACUCAUGUAGAUUAGUCCAUCUGCCUGCCUGCCUGCCGAUUGCUGGACGGCAUGCCAUGCCAUAGAGAUCCAUCGAUUCAUCCACCCAUAUCGGUCCAUAUCUAUCUGUGUUGGUGUCAUUUUCUUUUUCUUUUCUUCUUUUUCUUUGCUUUGUGUGGUUUUUCCUUCCUGCCUGGCUGCGGUCGAUCGCCCCUUGCACGUGUGUAAGUACCUGUGUACGCAUCUGUGUUGUGAAUGAAUGAAUGCGUGAGUGGGUGUAAACUAGUGGGUGGAUGACUGCUUGGAUGGAUCGAUAGAUGCGACAAGACAGCCAGGGCACACCAUAACAUAACAUACCGCACAGCGAUAGAGACACUUAGUUGCACAGCGACAGCGACUGACUGAGAGUCAGAGUGACAGCUAAAACUGCCUUCCUGGGCAGGUGUUGUUGUAAUGGGACAUUAUUGUUCUUUUACAGGGCGGGGCGGGGCUCUGGUGGGAGUUUGUUGUGCGCUGCACACACGCACAGAGGCAGGUGUGCAUGCAGCGCUGCAGCUAGGAAAUGGGGUCGUUUUACAGGUGGGCGGCACGGCACGCAGUGUCUGUAUCUCUGUAUGUCUGUAUCUAUGGGUGUGGCUGUGCUGUAUGUGUGUGGAUAAGUGGAUGGAGGCGGGGAGUCAGUCGUGUGGACGGACGCACGGACGCACGGACGAAGGCACUUACUUGGAGCAGACAAGCAUGACGGUGAUGGAAAGAUG